AUGCUACAUUCUCAUUCAACAAGACAGAAAGGCGUCUCACCACCUGCUUCUGACCGUGGCCCUUCUGAAGUAGAUAUCCCACAAUUCCAAAGAGGACCACGUCAAAGUAUAGUAGGAUUAGAAGAUGUAAAAUUAUUAUCUUCAAACCUACAACAAAUGUCAUAUCAUGGUGCCACCACCAAUACAUUUGAUGAAUCCAACAACAAAUACAUCAUCCCUAACCAUGGACUUCCCGAACAAACUGCAUACGAUUUGAUCCAUAAUGAAUUGACUUUGGAUGGUAAUCCUCAUUUAAAUUUAGCAAGUUUCGUUAACACUACGACGACACAAAUUGCAAAUAGAUUAAUUAUGGAAAACAUUGAUAAGAAUUUAGCUGAUAAUGAUGAAUAUCCACAAUUGAUUGAAUUAACUCAACGUUGUAUUUCUAUGUUAGCAAAAUUAUGGAAAUCAAACCCAGAUAUGGAACCCAUUGGAUGUGCUACUACUGGAUCUAGUGAAGCUAUCAUGUUAGGUGGUCUUGCUAUGAAGAAAAUUUGGGAAGCUAAGAUGAAAAAGGCUGGGAAGAGUGUAGAGAAACCUAAUAUUUUAAUGAGUUCUGCAUGUCAAGUUGCGUUGGAAAAAUUUGCUAGGUAUUUUGAAGUGGAAUGCAGAUUAAUUCCUGUUUGUAAGGAAUCUAAGUAUUGUUUGGAUCCAAGAAAAUUAUGGGAUUAUGUAGAUGAAAAUACUAUUGGAUGUUAUGUUUUAUUGGGGACUACUUAUACGGGACAUUUAGAGAAUGUGGAAGAAGUUGCUGAUGUGUUGACUGAGAUUGAAAUUCAACAUCCAAGUUGGUCUAAUAAGGAAAUUCCAAUUCAUGUAGAUGGUGCAUCUGGUGGAUUUAUUGUUCCAUUUUCAUUUGAAGCAAGUCAUAUGAAAAAAUUUGGUUUAGAAAGAUGGGGGUUUAAUAAUCCUCGUGUUGUUAGUAUUAAUACGAGUGGUCAUAAGUUUGGUUUGACUACGCCAGGGUUAGGUUGGGCUCUUUGGAAAGAUCAAUCUUAUUUACCACCUGAAUUAAGAUUUAGAUUGAAAUAUCUUGGUGGAGUAGAGGAAACAUUUAAUUUAAAUUUCUCAAGACCUGGAUUCCAAGUAGUUCAUCAAUAUUAUAAUUUCGUUUCAUUGGGGUUUACUGGGUAUAAGAAUCAUUUUUUGAAAUCAUUAUUUGUCGCGAGAACAUUUGCAUAUUCGUUAUUGAAAAGUGAAAAAUUACAAGAUUAUAUUGAAGUUAUUAGUGGUAUUCAUGAACGUAUAUCUGAUGAUAAGGUUCCAGAUAAUGUUACUGAUUAUUGGGAAAACCCACAAGAUUUUAAACCGGGGGUACCAUUAAUUGCGUUUAAAUUAUCCAAGCAUUUCAAUGAAGCAUAUCCUGAGAUUCCACAAGCUAUUAUUUCCAAGUUAUUGAGAACUCGCGGUUGGAUUGUUCCGAAUUAUCCAUUACCAAAUUCAUCUGAUGAUUCAAGUAAUUGGGAAGUAUUAAGAGUUGUAUUUAGAACUGAAAUGAAAUUAGAUUUCGCUCAAUUGUUGAUUAUAGAUAUUGAGAAUAUUAUUACCAAAUUGUUAUCAUGUUAUGAAAAAGUUGAAGAGCAUGCUGAACAAGAAAAGCAAACUAAAGAAGGCAAACGUCAAUUCAUAUAUGAUAUGUUAUUAACGUUAGCCUCUCCAGAAUCAGAAGAAGAUGAGAAAUUGAAGGAAAGAGUAACAAGAAAUUACAGAGGGACAUGUUGA